CCGUUCACCGGCACAGAAAAUCUCGUCCGCGUUUGAUUUUUUUUAAUAUAAAGAAAAAGAGAAACACAAAAAAAAAAAAAAAAAAAAAAGCGAGAGAAAGAAAUCAAAGGUUUCUUAGGGUUUCAAUCGAAGCGGGAGAGAAAAAAACCCAGAGAAAUCUCCGAAAGAGAAGCCAUGGAUGAAGCUUUGACGAACGCUUCUGCAAUCGGUGACCAACGCCAGAAAAUCGAACAGUACAAACUCAUCCUCUCCUCUGUUCUUUCUUCCAACGAUCUUCUCCAAGCGCAGAGAUUCAUCGAUCACAUUCUUUCCGAUGAUGUCCCGUUGGUGGUUUCGAGGCAGCUUUUGCAAUCGUUCUCACAAGAGCUUGGGAGAUUAGAACCGGAGACGCAGAAGGAGGUUGCUCAGUUUACUUUAACCCAGAUUCAGCCUAGAGGUGUUUCCUUUGAGGAACAGGCACUUAUUAUCAGAGAAAAACUUGCCGGUUUGUAUGAAUCGGAGCAGGAAUGGUCUAAAGCGGCGGAGAUGUUGAGUGGCAUUGAUUUGGAUUCUCCAAUGAGGGCCGUUGACGACAAUUUCAAGCUUUCAAAGUGUAUCCAAAUUGCUCGUUUGUAUCUCGAGGAUGAUGAUGCUGUAAAAGCAGAGGCUUUCAUAAAUAAAGCUUCUUUCUUAGUGAGCAGUAGUCAGAAUGAAGUUUUGAAUUUGCAGUACAAGGUCUGUUAUGCUAGAAUUUUGGAUAUGAAACGAAAGUUUUUAGAAGCUGCACUUCGGUAUUACGGCAUAUCUCAGAUUGAGAAACGCCAAAUAGGGGAUGAAGAGAUUGAUGAGAAUGCUUUAGAGCAAGCCCUAUCCGCUGCUGUCACAUGUACCAUAUUAGCUGGAGCCGGUCCUCAGCGAUCUCGUGUCCUUGCAACUUUAUACAAAGAUGAGCGUUGCUCCAAGCUGAAGAUUUAUCCUAUCCUGCAGAAGGUGUAUCUGGAAAGAAUUUUAAGGAGACCAGAGAUUGAUGCUUUUUCAGAAGAACUAAGGCCACAUCAGAAAGCAUCUUUGCCUGACAAAUCCACUGUUCUUGACCGUGCUAUGAUUGAGCAUAACCUUCUAAGUGCAAGCAAACUCUACACAAACAUAAGGUUUGAUGAGUUGGGAACUCUGCUGGGGAUUGAUCCAAGAAAGGCGGAGAAGAUAGCAGCUAAUAUGAUUGGGCAAGACAGAAUGAGGGGUUCCAUAGAUCAGGAGGAGGCUGUGAUACAUUUUGAGGAUGACAUUGAGGAACUACAACAAUGGGAUCAACAGAUAUCGGGAUUAUGCCAAGCUCUCAAUGACAUUCUGGAUGGGAUGGCCAAGAAAGGCUUGCCUGUUCCUGUCUGAUUGAUUCCAAGCUGUGAGACCGACUCAUGAUGAUUAAUUUGUAUUAGCCGAGCAACGGAUCGAGUCUCAUGCCUAAGUUUUUGCCAAAUUGCUGUGUUUUGGGGAUAGUUAUUUUCACCUCAUUUACUUUCCUGCAAAUUCAUGUCUAUUUCUUUAGGUUAAUUGAUACAGAGGAAAAGAUUAGGCAUUGAAUGAGGAUUUUAUGAAAGUUAAAGAGUUUCAGGGUACAUUUUUACCUCAGAA